AUGAAUUUCGCUUCACAAAAAGUUCAACGACCGACUCAAGUCGUGGCAUCCGAACUAUAUCGACAUCUUUCUGCUCCAGUCAGAAAAGAGCUUUCAUCAGCGCAACCAAGAGAUUUUCAGCGAUCGCGGCGAAGUUGGGUCUCGGUUCACCCAAAGUUAGCGUUUCGAAAGGAUACGGACAUAAAAAGUUGCCGUCGAUUACAGAUUUCCGGGUUACAAUCAGGAUAUCCCUGAUCAGCGCCACCGACUACAAGACACCUAAAGAAUUGCUCAGCACGUUCGAUAACAGUUUUUGUGCUGUUGAUUGCAUGUUCACAGAGGAUCGCAAGGUCCGAUUCUGUUUUGGCAAGGACGAUGGUGACUUCACUCCCGCCAAGGACGUCUUUGAUGGCAACGGUCAUCUUCGCAACCCAAACGUCAAGACAGGUGGUAGAAUUCAGAAAUACUUUGGCGCGGGUACACGUUUGCUAAUGCAUCACACGCUCUGCAAGCUGAGUAUCCAAAGGCAAUGGUGA